AAGGGUUCUACUCCAUAGAGAGAGAAGAGAAAACAAGAAUCGGAUUAGUCAUACUCAUAACGAUGAGGAUAAUCUGCUCCGGGACGAUGAUUUCCACUCCUAUGACGAUCUCCAGGCUCGAUUCGAUGAAAUCCAGCUCUAGGACAGCUUCUAGGAUGUGUUCUUCGCACUUUCUCUCUCUAGGGCUCUGUUUUUGCUCUGAAAACACGAUUCUCCCACUUUUGGCUCGGAUUAGGCUUUAAAACCGGUUUCCCCGAGUUGCACGGCCAGGUGCACGGCCGUGCACAACACCAUUCUGGCCGUGCACCCUGAAACGCAGCGUAUCCAUUUAAGUCGAACUCAUGC